UCUCUUGCUCUCUUUGCAUUCAACACAGCAGUACGACCACGUUGGGAUAUGGCCACUGUAGGGAAGGUGAUUAAAUGUCGGGCUGCUGUUGCCUGGGAGCCAAAUGCUCCCCUGGUGAUGGAGGAAAUUGAAGUGGCACCACCAGAGGAAGGAGAAAUACGAAUUAAGGUUGUGGCUACAGGCGUGUGUCACACCGACCUGUACCACCUGUUUGAGGGGCAGCAGACGCGGGGCUUCCCCACUGUGCUGGGCCAUGAGGGGGCUGGAGUGGUGGAGAGUGUGGGACCUGGAGUCACUGGUUUCAAACCAGGUGAUAAGGUGAUUCCACUCUUCCUCUCUCAGUGUGGAGAGUGCAGGUUCUGUAAAUGUCCAAAAACGAACCUGUGUGACCGCAGCUGGUCAAGUAAGUAUUAUGAUGUGAUGUCUGAUCCCACCUCACGUUUUACUUGCCGUGGUCAGCCCAUCCUGCAAUUCAUGGGCACAAGUACCUUCUCUGACUACACUGUCAUAAAUCAGAUUGCUGUGGCAAAGAUUCGGGAUGAUGCCCCACUCGACCGCGUGUGUCUGCUUGGAUGUGGCAUCGCUACUGGCUAUGGAGCUGCUGUCAACACAGCAGGGGUUACUCCAGGUUCUGUGUGUGCAGUGUUUGGGCUGGGUGCAGUAGGCCUCGCUGCGGUCAUGGGUUGUAAAAAUGCCGGAGCUUCUCGGAUCUUUGCUGUUGAUAUCAAUGAACAGAAGUUUGAAAUGGCAAAGGUUUUCGGUGCCACUGAUUUUGUGAAUCCAAAAUCAUACAAUAAACCUGUCAGUGAAGUACUGGGAGAAAUUACCAAUGGAGGAGUGGACUUCUCACUUGAGUGUGUGGGCAACACAGCAGUAAUGAGGAGUGCACUGGAGUCAUGUGUUAAAGGUUGGGGUGUGAGUGUUUUGGUUGGAUGGACUGAUGUGACAGACUUUUCUGCACGGCCGAUUCAGCUCAUAUCCGGGAAAACCUGGAAAGGUUCUCUGUUUGGAGGUUUUAAGAGCAAGGACAGUGUUCCAGGGUUGGUUCAGGACUACAUGUCUGGCAAAAUAAAGCUUGAUGAGUUUAUAACCCACAACAUGAGUUUGGAGCAGGUCAAUGAUGCCAUCAACCUCAUGAAGACUGGAAAAUGCAUUAGAACCAUCUUGAAUGUUUCCAAAUGAGAAGCAAAUCAUCCAAACGUAACCAGUUUCUAAGCCACGGUUAUAGUCUAAACUGUUUAUGUCACGUUCCACAAAUAGGGUACAAAAUGCUGCCUGAAAUUCUAUAAAAAAAAUAAAAACAAAUUCAAUAUUCAAAUAUUUUGAGCUGUUUUGUUUUCUACCCAUUUUCUGUGAGGUUUGCAACUUUUGCAAAAAACAAAAACAAAACCCUAUUAAAAAACUUUGGAAAAUGUCUAAAUACAGUGUAGAAACCUGGAUUGUGUAAACAGACAAAAUGUAUACAAUUACUUGUAAACAAAUUACCAAUAAAUAACCUACGCCACCACUCCUCAGGUUUAGCGAGUUUGGGACCAAAUUUUGAUUUGUUGUGAAACUUACAUUUCCCAAAAAAAUAGUGAAAUAUUGUUUUGAUCAUUGUUUUUCUUAAAAUAACUUGGGUAACAGGGUUAAAUGGUUGAGCUUGAAUACAGGCAACACUACAAUUUGUGUUGUCAAAGUUACUUCAUGACAUUUCUGGAUAUAGUAAAAAAGAUGAAAGACCCCUGAGGUGGGGCUGGCCAUUUUUGGUGAUGUUUAAACCAUCUAUUUUUUAUGCUAAGUUAAUUUUAUGUUUGAUAGUAGUUUAUCAAAUGGAUCUUGUAGUUCUCACAAAAAACAUGGGAUUUGUAGUAAUGGUACUGUUGUAAUGGUUAAUAUGUACUGUAUUUGUGGAAUGCGCCUUAUUCUCUCGUUUCUUUACAAUACUUCUGUACCAGCUGAGUGCAUUCAAGGAUCUGUUUUAAUAGCAUAUUGCAGCCCACUGCUUCAAUAAAUGCUUUCACUUGCCUUUUUCAACAACUUUCAAGUUGUGUUAUAACCAAGCAAAAUGUAUAUUAUACAUGGUUAUGGAAGAAUGCAUGUAAAACUUUGUAUUACACCAAAAUGUUGUUCAAUUCAUCUGCAACACAACAUCUUCCUUAAAACUUUUUAAAGAAAAUGUUAUCUAAUCUGUGGCAAAUAAAAAAAGAGACAAGUAGACAAA